AUGUCAAAGCAGCUUCGUAUUGCUCCUCCCUUCGGAGCAAUUUCGAGGAAAAGUAAAUAACAAUGUCCUCAAAAACAUUCUGGAAAUGGGAACUGUUGACUUUCAGGUGAUUUCCUCCUCGGCACGUUCUUCUCCUGCAUCCACGUCCUGCUCACCACCGUCGUCUAUCACUAUGUUCCAGAUCCGUACAUGGAUGAAUUUUUCCAUAUCUGUGAGCAUUUUAAAGUAGAAGCUUAUUUUAAAAAUGGGCAUUCAGCUCAAACACGAUCCUAUUGUGCUGGAAACUACACGUGGAAUCCUCUGAUCACAACUCCGCCGGCUCUCUACGUCAUCUCGAUGCCUCUGUGUGGAUACGAAAGAUACGCAAAUUCGAUCAUUCUGCUUUUUGCAAUUCCAGCAUUCUGUAGAUUCCGGAGAAUGUUUGCGAGAGUGAGUCUUCCUUUUGGAUUUUCGUUGGAAAUGCAAAUUUUGACAGGAAGACGUCUGGUUGACUGCUUCGAUCGUCGGAAUGCUUCCCAUUCUCAUGUCGUCGUCUGUUGUUUUCUACACUGAUCUGCUGUCGCUGACUACAGUAAUGUGGGGAUUCUCAAUCAGGUAAAUAACCAUAUUUCUGUAAUCGCACUCCUUGACGCCCUCGUCUUUCAGCAAUCCACUCCUCUCUGCUGCUUUUUUUUCUCUCUCCGUUCUCACUCGUCAAACCAACAUCAUCUGGGCUGCAAUUUAUGCAUUCUCAGUACUCGCUUCCCGAAUCGACAGUUCCCGUCCGAUGCUCGCCAAUUUGAAGACGCUAAUCCUCACAGCCUUCUCAAUGUGGCCGUUCCUGAGUCUUGCCGCUGGAUUCUUGGCGUUCCUGUACGUCAAUAACUUUCAAAUUGUUCUCGGCGAUGCGAAAGCCCACGAACCAAAGUUCCACGUGGCACAGUUCUUCUACAUGCUCGCAUUCAGCGCCGUUCACACGUGGCCUCAAGUGCUCAACAAUCUGUUCGCCCAUUUGCGUCAUCUGACAGACGUGAAAGCUUUGGCUCUCCAUGUCUUAGUGGGCCUUCUCGUGUACCAGUUCUCCUAUGAUCAUCCGUAUCUUCUUGCCGACAAUCGGCAUUUCACCUUCUACAUCUGGCGUCGAUUCCUUUCCGACCCGAGAAUCCGUGUCUCGCUUGCGCCGCUCUACGUCUUCAGCGCCCGCUUCAUGGUGACGUCUACUCCCAACGUACACUUCUUCCACAAAAUGCUGUUUCUCUUCGGAUCGUUUCUGGUGCUCGUGCCCGCCCAUCUUUUCGAGAUGCGUUACUACAUCGUCCCUUAUGUCAUUUGGAGGCUCUCAACGACGAACGCUCCGCGGAAAUCACUGCUUCUUCUAGAGAUACUCUCGCAAAUUGCAGUUUUUGUCGUUGUCUUUUUAUUGUUCUUAUUCAAGACGUUUGAAUGGCCAAAUGAGCCGGGAGUCAAACAAAGAUUCAUGUUCUGAGCGGAUGAUCUACCAAAACCGCGCCACUGCCAAUUCCGACGAGUCGCGUUGCGUGUCGCGUGGCGUGUUCUCCGAAACAGUUCUGUUCAUUUCAUUGUUCACAAUUUUGUAUUUUACUUGGUAAGCAGACUUUCCUUUUUUCUUUAGGCGGGUUUUAUGUAUUGAGGUAAAUUAAUAAAUUAUUCGCACACUGGUAAUAUUCUGAAUUCCGUUUUGCCACCUCGCACGAAACUUUUCAGAAACGUUCGCUACUAGAACUACUCGAUGCCUCGAGCGCCUCGCAACCGGUUGUCGUUCGUCGAUGUGAACAGGAUGGACGUCGAUGAGCAAGAACGCGAACUUGCUCGUCUCCUCCAAGAAAAGGCCGACCGCGAAAUGGCUCUUCGCCUGCACCGACAGUGGGAGCAGCCUGAAGAAGAAGACAGCGAUGAGGAAGGUCAUGCUGCUCCGGAAGAACGGCCUCCAGCUCAGCCUGCCCCACAGGUUGCGAUUAUCAAUGAUGCACCGGCACAAAGAUCUGCUCCGGGGCCGAUUCGGAGAUCUAACAGAAGGAAUCUUCUCGCCAGUCGUUCCCCACUUCCGCGAGCCCGUGCUGCGCCUAUUCCAAUCAGAAAUCGACGUGUUAGAUCUCCGCCCACUCCCGUCACUCGUCCUCCUCGACCGAUCAUUCGUACUAUGGAACGGAAUCGGUAAGCAUAGAGCAAUCUUCAAAUUUUUUAUCCUAAUUUUCAGUCAUAUUGCAAAUUUACUCGUCAAUGCCAUUGACAACAAUACCGUCUCAUCGGAGUCCGAGGUCAGCGAUGCGGAAAUUUCAAAUUCCGAUAACUCCGACUCGGACACUCCUCCGCCUGCCAACGCUAUCAAUCAGAUGCUUCGAGACAACGAUCGUGAGAUGUACCACCGCGAAAUGGAGCUCUACAACGACGACGAUCAAGCCGGACCCUCGACUGCGUACAGGCCGCCGGCUCGCAUCGGCAAUCCCAACUCAAGAUGGGGAGACUGCACGAUGUGCUUCGACGCGCCCAUCGAGCCGCGCGGCUGCAACUCUUGCCUUCAGAUUAUUGGCUGCAAAUCGUAAGAAUUCGGAGAUAAGUUCAAGUUCCACGAAUUACUUGCAGAUGCGUCACCAGUUGGCAUCAAUCGGCGCAGAACCCGUCGUGUCCCUUGUGUCGGCACAGAUGGACUCGCAUCCCAGACGUGUCCUGCAUGACCCGAAUCGAGAGCCGCACUCGCGCACGUCGUCGUGAUCGCCGCUUCGCCGCUUCUCGGCGCCUCGUUCACUGA